AAACAGAAGAAAAGAGCUGGAGCGCUGAGACCAAGGGCUAAAGCUGGGAGACUGAAACAAUGCAGACCACCGGGGCAUUACUCAUUUCUCCAGCUUGGAACCUCUGUUGUACCUGGGGUCUAGUCAGGACUGUAUCUGCCUCCUUCUUGAAUAGCCCAGAGAAUUCACCUAAACAGCCUUCCUACAGCAGCUCCCCACUGCGGGUGGCCAGAUGGGAGUUCCAGACCAGUAUUGUCUCCCGGGACAUUGUCAUAGCAGCCAAGUUGAUUGGUGCUGGGGCAGCCACAGUUGGUGUGGCUGGUUCAGGGGCUGGCAUUGGAAAAGUGUUUGGCAGCUUGAUCAUUGGCUAUGCCAGGAACCUGUCUCUCAAGCAGCAGCUCUUCUCCUAUGCCACUCUAGGCUUUGCCCUAUCUGAGGCCAUGGGGCUCUUCUGUUGAAUGGUCACCUUCCUCAUCCUCUUUGUCAUGUGAGGCUCUGUGGGGGUCACCUGCCUGUGCAUGCUGCUGUGACUCCAUG